AUGGAGGCAGCAGCGUGCCACGCCCAAAAGUUUACCCCCUCAACUCCAGCAGCAGCAGCAGAAGCAGAAACAGCGGUAGAAGCAGCAGAAACAGCGGUAGAAGCAGCAGAAACAGCGGUAGAAGCAGCAGAAACAGCGGUAGAAGCAGCAGAAACAGCGAAACAGCAGCAGAAGCGCAGAAACAGCGGUAGAAGCAGCAGAAACAGCAGCAUAAGCAGCAGAAACACAGCGGUAGAAGCAGCAGAAACAGCGGUAGAAGCAGCAGAAACAUCAGCAGAAGCAGCAGAAACAGCGGUAGAAAGCAUGAGUAGCGGCAGAAACAGCAGCAGAAGCAGCAGAAACAGCGGUAGAAAGCAGCAUAAACAGCAGCAAAGCAGCAGAAACAGCAGCAGAAGCAGCAGAAACAGCGGCAGAAGCAUGAGUAGCGGCAGAAACAGCAGCAGAAACAGCGGUAGAAGCAUGAGUAGCGGCAGAAACAGCAGCAGAAACAUCAUCCACAGCGACGAAGAGUGGUUCAUCAUCUGUGCCCAUGACGGCUACAUGGAGAGGCCGGAGGAGAGGAUCUUGGCUCUAGAGGCCUCCAGACCUCUCAGUGUUGUGACUACCGACCUCCUGUGCUAA